AUGUACGUUUUUGGCGGCAGAUAUGAAGAAAUGAACCUCGGGUUUGGUGUGGAAAGGCUCUCUCUCCUUGUUUCUCAGUUGAAGAGGAUAAGGAGAACGUCUUCGUGCAGUACAGUGUUUGGAGUGCCCAAAUAG